AAUUUGAUCUAUGAUAAUAUUUUCAGAUGAGUGUACCCGGAGUGGAUUCUCCUGGUGCAGGUGAAAUAGCGGAGUAUCAUCUAACCUGGAACAAUUAUAAUUCAUCACUCAUCUCUUUCCUUAAACACAUCACUCCAAUACAGGACUUUGACAGUAGUCUCUCUGACGUGACUUUGUCUUGCGCCGGCCAAAAGAAUUUCCAGGCACAUCGUCUCGUGUUGGUGACCUGCUCCACUUACUUCCGUCAUAUCUUCCUGAGCAAAGGAAUGGUUGGAGAUAAGAGCUCCUGUCCUGGUCAUCCCAUCGUAUACAUCCCGGAUCUAUCCGAGGAAGUUCUAGAGCUGAUCCUAGGUUUUAUGUACAAGGGAGAGAUAACUGUACCCUCACAUCUCAUCAUUCCUCUGAUGGAGGCAGCUCGGCUUCUAGGAGUUCAAGGUUUAACAGAACCUUCCGACUCCUCAUCCUCCUCUGACUCCCUAACAUCUCCAAAGUCUGGAGCACCAGAGUACCAAGAGAACCAUGGAAGCAAUGGGAACAUGGAGAACCUAACGGAGGAUCCGGAGCACAGUAACAACCUGGUCAUUGACACCAAGCACGACUCGGAGCCGGAGGAUCUCAGUCAGACCGACUCAGAGGAAUCUGAUCGGAGAUCUUCUAAACUUGAUUUCUCGUCCUUCAACGGCGAUCAUAAUCUCCAGGUAACGUCCCCAGAUUCUACCAAGUCCUUAUUUCCUAAAUCCAGUUUUCCAACACUCACUCCUCUACCAUCUCCUCUUGCUCUUACUGCAGGAUUGAACCUUACUCCAACCAGAGGAUAUCCGACAUCUUCCAGCAGAAGAUCUAGUAAGAGCCCACGUCUUCUCUCGCCCAGUUCUACAAGCGCUGCGUUCUCCGGAGACAAGAUUCGCUCCUACCAAGAUGCAUCUCGAUCCUACCCAGAUAUGUCUCGAUCCUAUACAACUGCAUUUGAUCCUACACGUCAGUAUACUGGAACUCAGGAUCCUUCUCGACCGUUCGCCUGCUCUAUUUGCCCUAAAAGGUUUAGAAUGAAACAUCAUUUAAAGGAGCAUAAUUUAAUCCACAGUGGUGAGAUGCCCUUCUCUUGCCAUCUCUGUCCUAAACGGUUUAAUAGAAGUUAUACUUUGAAGAAUCAUAUGAAGCUUCACUCUACUUCUCAAAACGGUUUACAGGAAGGUGUUGUAAAUCCUGGUCUUAUUAUCCCUCUCCUCUCCCAACCUCCGUCCUUUCCAUGAUUUUUUGCAACCUAGUCGGUUCUAAACCGACACCAGUCAGAUAUUACUCAGUCGUAGAAUUACACAGCGUGUUUUAAACACGUUUUAUUUCCGCGUACAAGACAGUGUUUUAAACACAAUAAAACCGCCUACUGCAUGUGUUUUGAACACAAUAAAAUGAUGUUGGUAUUGUUGUGACCAGUGAUUAUUUGAUAAUUAGUUUUUACGCGUUAGAAUCUCUUAAGCUUUAAUCAUAUUCUAAUAUUAAUGGACCUAGUUGUAAAAAUAAAAGCUAGUAAAUGAAAAUAUAAAGUAUCUAUUAAAUCAUUUGUGCACUAUUUAAUAUAUGUCAAGAAAGUGCAAGUCGUUUUUUUGACAUUUCCGAUUCUCAAGCCCAAAGUCCUCCAUUUUGCCAAGUAAAGUAGAGUUUGGAAUCAUGACUUCCUUUAUUGUAAUUAAUUAGAAAAAAGUAUUUGUGUCGUUUUCUUGCUAAUUCUCACACUGUAGGUGUUACAGGUGUUAGUUUUGUAUACUUAGGUUAACAGUAUACUAUGUAUUAAAUAUUGAUCCUAUAUCAAAUAUCUAUUCUCAAUUCAUACGUUGAAAACCCGAAGUAAAUUGUUAACAGGGCAUUAUGGUAAUACCAAAAUAAUAUUUUCUCUUUUUAAAACAGAAAUCAAAAAUCAAAAAAAAUCGGCUUACUUCACUUCCACUAUACAAGGGUAUUUUUUGUCGUCCUUGUUAUCUUAAGCAGAGCUCUCAGUUCAUAAAACUUUUUUAUUACUCUAAACAAAACUGGUAAUAGUUUUAAGAUAAUGAGAAUAAUAAUCAUUUAACCCGUAGUGCAGUUAACAUUCCAGUUGAUAGCUGAGCUACAGUGGGACUCAUAAAGUUGUGGAAUGGGAAGAUGACUAAAAGGUUAUUGUUAAUAGUGCAAUGAACAUAAAACACAGUAAUUGUGCAGUGUAAAACAGUUUGCUUUAUGAAUUGAAAUUAUAUCAGAUUACUUCAAUGUCGUCGUCCUGUUCCUCAGUUUUAUGGUUAUCACUGUACUUCAGUCAUUACUGACAAAACAUAUUGUCAAAUAUUGCCUAUUUACUUAGUGAUUUUAUAUUUAUCUCGUUAAAGUUAUUUUAUCUAACUCAAUGUAAAUUUUUUAUUUUGACUCUUUGUUAUUUAUUGUCAUAGUUUUUUGUCUUCCUUUUGUAACAAGUACUGGUGAAUUAAUAUGAUGAUUUGUAAUAUUAGACGAUUAGUCAAUAACUUUAAUCUUCUGACUGGCGCUGUCUCGUGAAUUAAUAAUCCGUAAAGUAACUUACAUGAUUAAAUUGGGCAUUUAAAAUGGCAGCUAACUUUAUGUCUUAUUCUGUGAUUAUGUUGAUUUUAGUAUGUGAUUUUUAGUGAUUUUGUGGAUUAAUUGAAAGAGGCAUUAUUGACAAAAUUGGCAUUGAUUUUAUCAGGGGUGUAUAUUAUUCCAAUUUUUAAUAUUUCCCCCACCCCCCUCUGAAAUUUGAUACAUCUCAAUAAGUCAGACUUUAAAAUAGAAAAAAAGAUCGACGGCCUAAAAAUGGGAAAUAAUAUGUAAAUAUACUAAUACACUUCACAUCAAUUCUAAUGGUAUAACUUCGCAAAAAUUUAUUAUUUAAACCUUUUUUAAACAUGCUAUCUCAAUUUGAGUAAAAAAUGUCCUCAUUCAUUUAAAAGAAACCAAAUUAUUUCUUUAAAAAAUUAUUUCACUCAAAACUCUUUUAUGAGCAAUAAAGAUAUGCAGGCGCCAAUAUGUUCGUUCUCCUAUCUGGUAAGGUAGACUAAAAUAUAGUAAUUAUUCUAGAAUUUUAACUUAUAACUAUGCAACUUGUUGACUUCAUUUUAAUAAAAUUUAAAAUAAGUAGAAUUCUUUUCAAAUAAAGGGAUAUGCCUUUAUUUCAAAUUUUCUCCGUUUAAGGGACUGUGAGCAUUAAUUCAAGUGAACCUUUAUGCAAAGAGAGGAAUUCCCGAUUCACAACGGUACCCAGUAAACCUUAAUCUGAUGAAUAAUGUGGAAGAAAAUGUCGUUUUCUGAUUUAAUAAGCGUUUAAUUCUGAUGAUUUCUCCAUCGUUUCUGAAUCAAGAAAGCGUAAGUCACAAAUGGAAACAGUUGUCAUAGAAAAAAUCAUCUAAUCUAUCUAAUUCAUACUUGGUCAGUAAAGCCUUUAGGGGUGCCAUUUUGAAUUGUACAUGUCACGAUCGAUAGAAGGUCACAUGAAAUGACGGUUACAGUACCUUUGACAGUAAAAAGCUUUUAUUAAACAAUCCCUUCAUUUGUGAAGCCUGGUUUAUAAAAUAAACUUGUUAUUUUUUGUUUUUUAAUAUUUCUUCAGCUUGGUAGAUACUAGGCUUUACUUUUCCUAAUUGCAGA